UCCAAAAAUGAUGCUCGCAUUUGCUGUCUGUUUCCUUCUUAUUAUUCUUGAACAAGUGAAACAAAGACCACAUAGUUUUUUUCCCUGACUUGGUUUGUUUUCCCAUUAUAAAAUUUUGGUGUUUCUUCCAUUUCUGAACCUAAAAGGUUUUUGGUUAUUUAACUUCUCUGUUUCCUUCUUUCUGUAAGUAGUUUUAGCCAUGAAUCCAUGUCUUCCUGAAUGGAAUAUUGAGACUGAACUUCCUGUUCCACAUCAAAAGAAGCCUAUGGGAUUUGAUCAUGAGCUAGUGGAGUUGUUGUGGCGAAACGGGGAGGUAGUAUUACAUAGCCAAACACAUAAAAAGCAGCCAGGCUAUGAUCCUAAUGAAUGCAGACAGUUUAACAAACAUGAUCAACCAAUAAUAAGAGUUGCUGGAAAUCAGACUAAUUUGAUUCAAGAUGAUGAAACUGUCGCGUGGCUAAACUGCCCUAUCGAUGAUUCGUUUGACAAAGAAUUUUGUUCCCCCUUCUUAUCUGAUAUUUCAACAAAUCCUCACCUAGGGGAGGAACCUGAUAAGUCAAUUAGGCAAUCAGAGGACAAUAAUAAGGUUUUCAAGCUUGAUCCUUUAGAGAUUAACCAUGUUCUUCCGCAAUCACAUCAUUCUGGUUUCAAUCCAAAUCCAAUGCCACCUCCAAGAUUUCACAACUUUGGAUCAGCACAACAGAAACAUCAUAUAGUAGGGGGGAAUCAAAAAGGUGUUAACUUUCCUCCACCGAUAAGGUCAUCCAAUGUGCAGCUUGGUGGCAAAGAAGCUAGAAGCAAUCUGAUGCUGCAAGAUAUCAAAGAGGGGUCUGUGAUGACAGUUGGUUCAAGCCACUGUGGCAGCAAUCAAGUUGAUACUAGCCGGUUUUCAAGUAGUGCAAAUAGAGGGUUGUCUGCAGCAAUGAUCACUGAUUAUACCGGAAAAAUCAGUCCACAAAGUGAUACAAUGGACCGAGACACAUUUGAACCAGCUAAUACAUCUUCGUCUUCAGGAAGAUCGGGUAGUAGUUAUGCAAGAGCAUGCAAUCAAUCUACAGCGACCAUUAGCCAGGGCCACAAGAGGAAGAGUAGAGACGGUGAAGAACCAGAAUGCCAGAGUAAAGCUGAUGAGCUAGAAUCAGCUGGAGGAAACAAGUCAGCCCAAAAAUCUGGAACUGCCCGAAGGAGCCGUGCUGCAGAAGUGCAUAAUCUCUCUGAAAGGAGACGGAGGGACAGAAUCAAUGAGAAAAUGAAGGCCUUGCAAGAGCUUCUUCCUCACUCUACUAAGACAGACAAAGCAUCAAUGUUGGAUGAGGCUAUUGAAUACUUGAAGUCACUUCAGAUGCAACUGCAGAUGAUGUGGAUGGGAAGUGGCAUGGCAUCAAUGAUGUUUCCUGGUGUCCAACACUACAUGUCAAGAAUGGGAAUGGGGAUGGGUCCGCCUUCGGUGCCUUCCAUGCACAAUGCUAUGCAUUUAGCUAGGCUUCCUUUGGUUGAUCCAGCAAUCCCUUUGACACAAGCUGCUCCUAAUAAUCAAGCAGCUGCAAUGUGCCAGAAUUCAAUGUUGAAUCAAGUUAACUAUCAACGCCAUUUGCAGAAUCCCAAUUUUCCAGAUCAAUAUGCUAGUUACAUGGGGUUCCAUCCACUUCAAGGCACUUCUCAGCCUAUAAACAUUUUUGGCUUAGGUUCACAUACAGCACAGCGAAGUCAACAGUUACCGCAUCCAACUAAUAGUAAUGCACCCGCCACUUGAAGAGUUAUCACUGAGGAUACUAUCAGUACUGUAAAAUUAGGUAAGG